AUGUAUAACUAUAAUUUUUCGAUGGGUUUGCGCCGUCAUUUCCAGUCGCUCGUAUUCAAUGAACUCGGUGGAAAUUCGGGCUGGGGAGAAGAGGCACCAAAAGUGGUGCUCUGGGACCGAAACUGGCAAUCAUUCAUCAUGGAGCGGCCACUGGACAGUGAGCUUCUCAAUUUGAAGAAAUUUCUCAAAAAUUUCGAAGCUGGCAAUUUGCGCCCGUAUAUUAAAUCAGAGCUACCUCCGGCAGAAGCGGGAGCCGGCGAUGUGAAAGUCGCCGUAGGAACGACAUUUAAAAAUAUUGUUUUGGACGCGGAAAAGGAUGUUCUCGUCGCAAUUAUUGCCCAGGAUUGCCAGUAUUGUCAAGCCUUGGCGCCUACUUUGAAACGUCUGGCAGCGUCUUUUGAGAAAGAAGACUCUGUCGAUGUUGUGACCAUUGAUGGAAAAUUCAAUCACCCGCCGCGUGUUUACGAGUAUAAUGGAUUUCCGACGAUUUACUUUGCGAGAAAAUUCCAAAAGAAUCAACCUAUCCAAUACAAAGGGCAACGAACUGAGGAAGCUCUCAUGCAAUUCAUAAAAGAACAUGCGUCUAGUAAAGCUCUUACGAUCGAUGGUGUUGCUGAAAAAGAGUACGAUUAUGACGAGAUUGUCGCUGCUUCCGAAGAAGAAAUCGAUGAAAUCAUAGAAGGCAAUAGCAAUCAGCACGAUGAGCUUUAA